AUGGUCAUGAGUUUUAAUAGUGCCGAAGAAGCUAUUGAGGUCAUCAACGAAGCUGUCAAAAUCAACGCCGCUGCAUCCUUCAAGCACCGCGAUUUUAUAUUCAACGACAAACUAGUUCAACAGAAGCUGAAUGGUGAAGGUUCAUCUGCCAACAAGCAAAUCAUAAGAAUGGAGCGUCAAGCAACAAUGGAAAAAUUUAAAUUCCACAAAAUUACUCACGAUGUUAUUGAUGGUACACGACCUCCAACCAAGCGCGAAUUGUUGGGCAUAGCCAUGUCCAUGUACGAUCCGUUUGGUCUCUUGGCAAACGUUACGAUAUGUAUAAAAUCACUGGUGCAAGCAAUGUGGAAGCAACGGGUCCAGUGGGAUGAAGCGAUGCCAUAUGAAUUAGCGCAGCAGUGGUCAAAGUGGUGGAGCAACAUCCAGUCAGUUAAGCAUCUUUCGGUGCCAAGAUGUUACUCUUUAAUGUUACCGGUAGCAGAGGAGAUACAGCUGCAUAUUUUUGUCGAUGCCAGCUCUCUGGCCUAUGCCGCUGUGGCGUAUCUUCGAAUAAAGAAAGGAGACAAGAUCGACGUCGCUAUGGUGUGCGCAAAGUCAAGGUGUGCGCCACUUAAGGGUACGACUAUACCACGUCUGGAGCUACAAGCUGCAGUUCUGGGUUGCCGUCUGAAGGAGUCAUUAGAACGAUGCCAUGAUUUUCGUGUGAGCAGCACUACAUUUUGGAGCGAUUCCAAAACCGACAUACUUUGGAUUCGUUCAACACGUCGAGACUACAAGCAGUUCGUCGCAUAUCGUGUGGCCGAAAUACUAAGCACUACAUCGUCAGAUCAAUGGCGCUGGAUUCCCACGACAUUAAACGUCGCAGACGAAGCAACGCUAAGUCUGAAGUUCGCAGAAGUGGAGAACUAA